GCUGAAGAAGAAGAGGAAGAAGUGGAAAGUCUUAAAAGUAUUCGGAAGUACCUGACGUCCAAUGUGGCUUAUGGGUCCACAGGUAUUCGGGACGUGCACCUGGAGCUGAAGGACCUGACUCUGUGUGGACGCAAAGUCUUGGAGGAGGAACCUUUUUUGGUCUCUGUUGCCUUCUUACUGGCUGUACCACUUUUGAAGAAGCUCUUGAAAUGGCAUCUCGUGGAGAUAGCACUAAAGUGGAUAAACUAGUUCGAGACAUCUAUGGAGGGGACUAUGAGAGAUUUGGAUUACCAGGCUGGGCGGUGGCUUCAAGCUUUGGAAACAUGAUGAGCAAGGAGAAGCGAGAGGCUGUCAGUAAAGAGGACCUUGCUAGAGCUACUUUGAUCACCAUCACCAACAACAUUGGCUCAAUAGCAAGAAUGUGUGCCCUUAAUGAAAACAUUAACCAGGUGGUAUUUGUUGGAAAUUUCUUGAGAAUUAAUACUAUUGCCAUGCGGCUUUUGGCAUAUGCUUUGGAUUAUUGGUCCAAGGGGCAGUUAAAAGCACUUUUUUCAGAACAUGAGGGUUAUUUUGGCGCUGUUGGAGCACUCCUUGAGUUGUUGAAGAUUCCUUGACGUUUACCUGGGGAGGGGUUCCUGGAACCUUCCACAACAGGAUCUGGGGACUUUAUUUUUAUUUUUUUAUUUUUUUUUAAAGACUUACUCAGUUUUAUGACUGUGUACUACUUGAAUCAAAGCAAGAAAGGACAAGUGUAUUUGUUGGGUCAUCAAGAUAAAUCCUUUAAAAUUCAGUCUAAAGUAGUAGCCAGUAAGGAAAGGAUAUAGAUAUAUCCCUAAAAGUGGACGUGUCCAUGGGAGUGAGGAUUUUCUGUGUUCAAAGUUGCUCUUCAUUAUAGCAUUGUUAAGUCUGCCAUGUAUUUUUGAAAUUCAGCAUCACUCCUCACUGGAAGCACUUAAGAGGAGAGCUGUUCUGUUUUCACCUGACUGUAGGUUUUGUGUCCUGUUUGAACUUGCUUAGUGUAAUAGCAAGUUAUACUAUGUUAUCAUCUAAUCAGAAUGUUGUCAUUGUGGCCUUGGAAAACAUCUGUGCAUUAACUUUGGUGUACAGGUAGCCUUUGUGUGAAUGUAUUGAAAAACAUGUUUUAUUUCAUGGUCCUACGAACUUAGGCAGGUUACUUCUGUAUCUGUAGCUUUGACAAGAAACAUUUGGAAGGACACUUGAGGUUACACUGUAAACCCUGGCAUAAUCUAUUUGGGAAGACAUGAAUCCUCCCCUGGAUGGCAUCCUCCACUUGUGGGAGUGUGUGUGUGUGUGUGUGUAUGGGGGGGGGGUAUUUACCUGAUGGAAGUGAACUAGCUAGUAGAAAAGGAAUAGUUUGUAAGACUAAACCCAGACACAAAAGGAAUUGUUCUUUCAGGGCAAGUAGGAAUGGAGGAAUCCAAGUGCCCAUUGAUGAACUCACAGGGUACCGAGUGAGGUUCUCAAUUUCUUCCUUUACUCCUGUUUUCUGACUUGGGGAAGCUGCCUGAUUGGCUGCCUCCAUAGGACUGAAGCAGGUUUACAAGGGUGCUUGAGAACAGCAGGUUUUGAGAUUGGGUCUUGGUAGAGAUUGACUGUGAGCAUUUUCUUUCUGCUGUGCAGAAUAGUUUAGAAAAGCGAUCCCCUGGAGAUUGAGUAAUGUUUACCAUGUUUUAUAUGCCCACCUUUGAAGGCAGUGAAGGGUUUGUGUAAUACAGCCUUUGAACAGGAAAUAAAGUCUGGGCCUCUGUUGCCUCCUUGACCCUGGAAGGGUUGAGUGGACUUGGUGACAGGACCAAGAAGGAGAGUUCCAAGAACAGUAGCAUGGUGCUGAAUUUGGGGAGGGAAGGGCUUUAGCCUGAAGAGCCCUGGGCUUAUGCCUUCCUUGGUGAUGUUGUUGAUCCCUUGGCUCUUCCUCUGUUGGCCAUUUGGGGGCAGCAAAGACCUGUGCCUGCUGCCAGGCGAGGUGAGGGAAUGGACUCAAGGCAGCUCUCUGGGGUGGCACAGCCAGGGAGGAUAGAGCUUUGGCCAUUUCCUAAGUACAGCUGGCUUUGAUUUCAGAUUCCUGAAAUGGGUGGGUUGUGGGAACAGCCAGCCUGCCAGACUUGGAGGGAUGUGUGUUUGAUGGACCCCCUUUUCCUGCCACAGUCCCAAAGACAUUGCCACCACCCAACCACUGGUGCCAUAGUCAUGGUCCUCAUGUCCCAGCUCUUUCUACUUUUCUCUCUGGGCAGAGGACUGGUGGCUCUGGAGAAAGCAGAGAACAGGGAGUUGGAGCCAGCCGUGCCCCAUGGAGACCCAGGCCUGUUCUCUGACUCCCCCGGUUACUGUGCCAGUGCUUCCUGUGUAUGUCAUACAGCCACCUUAUCUCCACAGCUUCACAGGAGUUCCUACAGCAGGAAGCAAGCAGAGCCAUUACUACCUGGCUUCUGCCUUGUGCCUCCAGCACUGAUUCUUGAGAAGCCGCCUCACCACUUUGCACCUAGCUCACCCUGUCACUCUUUAGGUGUGUUGUUGAUAGGCCACCACUAAGUCACCUUAGUUAAUGGACAUUCAAGUUUUCAUCUUCCUUCUUACACUACUGUCCCCUCUUGCUGCUCUAUCUCCCGGACCUCUGGUUUUUGCAAGAUGAUUCUCAUGACAGGUCUUGUCUGACCCAGCACUUGCCUCUGAGCUUCAGUCCCAGGGCAAUGUCUGCCUCCUCGUUUUGUGUUUAAGUCCAUCUCCAUCCAGACAUGGCAACGCACUGUCCUUUAGACCCGUCACAUCCUCCUCCAUUUCCCACCGCUUCUUCGUCUCCACCUUGGAUGGUGCAUCAGCCACCAUUACCACACCCUGGUCUCAGCCGCUAUUCUGUCUUAUUCCAGAAGCUGUCCAUCCCACUUUGCCUCCCAUGUGGUAGGUAGUCUGAGGGUUCCUACUCCCCUGAGUAAAGGUAGUGGGGUGGUGUGGGGCAGUGGUCAUGGCCUGGGCUCAACUAGAUGGGUGUGGAAUGCUCGAGGACUGGGUGUGAUUGUUGGAUGUGCAAGAGCUGCUGGAUUCUUGGCUUGCAGGGGAGGCUCGGGUUAGGGACACCUGGGUUUGUACCUGAUAAGUAGCUGGGUAUUUGAGAUAACAGGUCUGGAAUCAAUGUGCCUGUAGAAUUUAGUGAAUGUCAAGGUAGGGCAUGGCAGAGGAAGAACCUACUGCAAAGAGGAAGAAGAAGAAAAGACAGUGGUCUGAAGGAGUCUGGUGGAGCUUGUUGCUUAGGAGAUUGAGGGGAGAGGGACUCUCCAGGCUUGGGACCCGGUGGCCCAGAUUUGGGCACAGGGACAUGGACAGCCUUCAGACGAGUGGCUUCUCUGAGCUGGUUUGCAGAAGCCCUAGUGAGAUGUGGUUGAGGAGAGAAGAAAAGGGGCACUUGCCAUAGGACAACCUUGGACCUUUUGUGCUUUCUCAGAUUGAAUGACUUGGUGGCCCUGAAGCUUGAGAUUUAGCUAGAGGGGUGAUAGGUGGGCUGUUGGUGCCACUCCAUCCCCCCUGAUUACUGGUGUCCACAUACAUCUUUGUAGCUGCACAAUCGAGGCCAGGGUGGCAGGUAGGACCUUGUCCUCUUUGGUGCUUGCCUCACUGCCAUUUGCACCCAUGCUGCAGGCUGGCUGCGAGCUCACCUGUUGACAGCGACCAGUGCUCUGAUUCCAGCCACUCACCUUGACUUCACAGUGCUUAAGUUGGGCUUAAGUGUGGGGUGUAGGUGACUGACCACAAGCCCGAGUUGAAGGGUACACUUUCAACAUGAAGUAUUGUCAUAAUUUGCUUUUUAUUUACAUGUUUAAGUCAAUUACAUGUGUGUUUUAUUUCUUAAUUAGCAAAAUGCAUUAAAAUGGCCAUUAAAUAUACAAAAAUAUACCUUAUAAAAUGUGCAUAUUUAAAAA